CCCUUACGCAUCCUCAGGAUAUUUGGUUUACUCCUCUCCGACGUGAACCGACUCUGUUGUUUUCAGCCAAUGCUAUGCACGUGGACUGCGAUUCUCUUGACGCCGACGACUUUCUGUGUUAAAUUGUCAAGUCCAGCCCAGCAUUCCAGCCUUCCAGAUCCCGAGAUUUUGCCAGUACUCCCUAAUAUUACUUUACUAUUUCUGCAUCACGCUCCGUCCCAGCUAAAUGGAUCGACGAAAUCAUAUAUCCAGUUGCAUAGCACAAAGAACUUAGCAGGUUGCGGUUUUUCCCAUUUUCAAGCUGCGUUAUGAUCCGUAAUUGUUUGAUUUAUGCAUUCCAGCUGUUCAGACUGUACUAUCAUUUGAUACCCUUCCCUCACAUGGCGCUUCAGCAAUUCGUCAUCCUUCUUUUUGGAUUGCUGUGA